AUGUCCUCAUUGCAGUCCACCCAGGCUGAACUUGAGGAAGGCGCGGGACUCGCCGCCGAAGGAGCGGAGAACGAGAUUUCGUCAGGCUCCGAGGCCGAGGAAGUCCACGACAAUGCUACCAAUCAACCAUCCACAUCGUCGUCGUCGAAAAAGAAGAAAAAGAAGAGAUCCAAGGCGGCAAAAGCGCUCCAGGCGUUGCGGCCCGGGUCUAACAUCCCUCAGUCCGUUGUAGAAGAGGUGCUCGAGAAAGUACGCGCUGAGCAAGGAGAAAGUGCGGAUGUAAACGAGGAGACCGUGCGCCAAGCGUUAGAUCAAAUGAAGAUUAUGGACGUGCUGAAAGGGAAGGCUGGUAUCGGGGGCAAGAAUAGGAAAGAUGCGGGCGAUCAUAAAUUCUGGGGCACACAACCGGUUCCCCAACUCGGUGGGGUCAGAGUUACUGUCCAUGAUGUAUGCGAGGAGCCUCCGCUUGCUGAUGGAUACAUCGAACCCCCGAAACCCCGCGAGGAAGUGAGGCAAGAACCGUACCCAUUGCCCAAAGACUUCACGUGGUCCCUUAUGGAUAUCAGCGAUUCUGUGCAGUUGAACGAAUUGCAUGAACUACUUUCUGGCCACUACGUCGAGGAUCCCAACGCGGCGUUCCGGUUUCUCUAUAGCCCUGAGUUUCUGCGAUGGGCACUCAUGCCGCCUGGAUAUCACAAGGAGUGGCAUAUCGGCGUACGUGUAGCGUCCAACAAGAAGCUCGUUGCAUUCAUCUCGGGGGUUCCUGUAACGAUGCGCGUUCGAGACAACCUGAUACACGCAAGCGAAAUUAACUAUCUAUGCGUUCAUAAGAAACUUCGUUCAAAGCGACUGGCGCCUGUAUUGAUCAAGGAAGUGACCCGCCAAUGUAACCUGAAGGGCAUCUUCCAAGCUGUGUACACUGCUGGCGUCCUUCUACCCACUCCAGUGACGACUUGCAGAUACUUUCACCGAUCGCUCAAUGUACCGAAGCUUGUCGACGUGAAGUUCAUGGGCGUACCGCGGAAUAUGACGCUCGCGCGGAUGAUCAGGUUGAACAAGUUACCAACCUCGCCGCACUUAGCAGGGCAUGGUUUACGUGAAAUGGAGGAAGCCGACGUUCCUGAAGUGGCCGAACUAUACGCCAGGUAUAUGAAACGGUUCGAUUUGUCGGUGUUGAUGACGCUUGACGACAUUCGUCACCAUCUCCUGAGCGGGAAGGGAACUGGACACAAAGCGGAGCCGUUCGCAGGCAGGAGGGCGGAUCAGGUCACCUGGACGUAUGUGGUCGAGAACCCGGAGACGCACAAAAUCACGGAUUUCUUCUCGUUCUACUUUCUUCCAUCGACGAUUAUCGACAACCCGAAGCAUAACCUACUCGAAGUGGCGUAUCUGUUCUAUUACGCAACUGAUGUUGCCUUCCUACCAGACGGGGACUCGGGUGGUCGGCUCAAAAAGCGCUUGAACGAGUUGGUUGGUGAUGCGCUGAUCAUCGCCGACCAAGCCAAGUUCGACGUCUUCAACGCACUAACACUUAUGGAUAAUGUGGAUUUCUUAUCAGAGCAAAAGUUCGGCCAAGGCGAUGGCCUACUCAAUUACUAUCUGUACAACUGGAGAACCUCGCCGUUGGCGGGAGUCAAUGCGCUCGGAGAUAAGAAAAUUGGAAGCGGGGUCGGUUUGGUCAUGUUGUGA